AAAAGGAAACCGGAAGAAUCCGAAGUUCCACAGAAGAGUAUUACCACUAAAAGGUCGAAGUAUGCACACGAAAGAAUAGAUGAUGAGAGAAGAAGGGUAUUAGAUAAGGCUAAUAAAAUUCUUCGGCCUUUGUUUAAUGCAACAAAAAAUAAGGUGAAAUUUGAUAUGCCGCCUCCAAUUUCAAAAGUUCUCAUUAAGAAAAGGGAAGGGGGGAAAGGCAAAGGUGUAGAGUAUAAUGAGAAGAAAAAGGUUUUGGAGGAAGUAAAUGAAAUACUUCGAAAAGUUGGAACACAAUCACUUGCGUUGGAAAUACCACUCAAAGAAACUAUGCCCGAAUCAAUUAUACCUGAAGUAAUCAAUCUAUCACAAUCUUAG